AUGCCUUUAACCGGCGUUAAAAGGGUUUCUUCACUUUCGCAGCUUUUGCAAUUUGCAUUUUUGCAUACCCUUCUCUCUCUCUCUCUCUCUCUCUCUCUCCAGUCCCGUUUCGCUUCAUUGUUCUUAAGGGAAUGCAGAAACAUGUAUUUGAAAGCUGAACACAAGUGCUCUCCAUCUUCAUCUUCAGAGGUCCCUUCUCCCUCUGGGCCCUUGUUGUCGUUGCUCCUCCCUCAUGAGACCUCGUUUCUGUCUCUGACCUCUGCCAUUCAUCCCUGCUUCCACACCUUCCAGCCUUCAUCUUCUCUGAAUGUUCGAAAAAAGAAGCAUGAUCUCUGCGAAGACGGUUGA